AGAAUCCCGUGCAGACUGUAAACGAGCGCGGCAGUCGGCAUGAGGCGCGCGCGGAGUGUCACGGGGCCCUUAAGGCGCGCCCACCCCGCUUCGGGGGCGACCUGGAAUGUCCAGGUGGUCCGGGGUAAAAUGAGCUCACAGUGUUUGUGGCAUGCAUGUCGUGCGCUCAGUGCCGGCCUGUUGCUAAUGCUGCUUGGCGCUGCAAUGGCUGUUAUAGGUUACUACGCGGACACAUUGUCAGUGGCUGAAGAAGUACGAGGCAAUUCCACGAUUUCGGUGAAAGAUGAGGCACGAGGAUUUCAUCUCAAUAACUUGUCUUACGCCGGGCCAAUCGUGAUGGGCUUCGGAGGAUUCAUAGUUGUAGCGGCCUGCGUAAUGACUUUCGAAGCCCGAGACAGUGCAGCAAAAGUGACACCAGCUCGCCCACAGACACUUCCGCGGCCUCUGCCUCGAAGAGGUCCUUGUGCUGCACCCGCUCGCCUCGACCAGCUCGGCGUAUACCGUCUGCCGCAUGUUCUGCCUCUGCCACACGCACUGCCACUCGCGCCUCCACAUCGAAUCAGACCGCCACACUAUAUGUACAGAGUUGGCGGAGAAAAAACAAAAGAACGCGCGCGGUUUGGCUCCGCGCCUGAUUUGCGGAUCGGUAGUACGCGUGCUACGCUACCCGUCACGGCUCUACGCCGCCCACUACGUCGCUACGCGCUCUCCGUAGAUGAACCGCCACAUUCAGCCAUCAGUGCGAGUGCAGCGGAGUCAGAGUGUGGAUCGCAGUCGUCUCUUGCACUGGACCUACACGCAAGCGGCGCGUGCGCAGGUGUUACGUUAAGAGUGCGCGACAACACACGACGACGUCCACUCGCGCGACAACAGAGGCUCGUGGAAGACUUACACCCUCCAGUCGAAAGCGUCAGUAUAAUUGGCAACAUAGCAGAAUCUCCACCGAAAAAUAACGAAGAGAAAAGCUGCGAUACUGUUGAAAUGGUUCAUCUGAACGUAGAACAGGAAGCGCGUGCGCGAAGUGCUCCUCCUCCCUCGCAAACUUCACCUCCCCUGUCGCCCCAAAUUGUAAUAUCGCCCCCACUAUCACCUUCACUUCGAAUGGAAACAAAUAUUCUUAUAAACGAUAGCUUAGAACAACCUCCACCACCAGGCGAAUGA